UAUUGUUGAUUCAAAGUUUGUAUUCAGAAAAAAUAAAGUUUUGAAUCAUACAAUGCAAGAAUAAUAUUUGAAAAAUUAUGUUUCUUAAUAAAGUUAAUUUGCCUUUGUUGGUUUUUGUCUUCCUGGCGAUUACGCCUGAAAUGCCUGAAAAUUUCUAUACGCUCAUUUGCAUUGUUUUCAAUGCAGUCAACUUAAAUUUCAAAGCCUAGCCGAACGCAGUACAGUGUUGCAAUAAACAAAAUCAGCAUUGCCACAUCGAAAAAACGUUCAUUCGCACGGAUUGUUUACAAAUUUGUUCUAAUACGACGACUUUUGCUUUUCCAAAAUUCUAUGGAAAAGCUGAGGAAGUAUUUGUUGUUAAUAAGGAUAUCAUACGUUUGAAAAAGAAAAUAGUUUAUAUAUAGAAAAGUUUCUUACUCUUACAGUGUUAAAUAAAGUGUAAGGUGUGCAUAGAUCAUUAAAAAACAAAUUUCCUGAAGAAAAUAAAUAUGAAUUACUUGCCAGAUUCAGAUAGCGAAGAUGAAAUGCCGCCCGGCUGGACAGAGCAAGUAACAGAAGAAGGCAUUGUCUUGUAUCGCAACAAUCAAACGGGCUGCACACAGUGGACGCAUCCACGCACGGGGCGGACGAAAAGAAUUUCCGGCGAUUUACCAAUUGGUUGGCGGAUGUCCUAUGAUGAAAAAUCUGAAUGCAAUGUAUUUUUUAAUACGGAAACAAAGCAAACCACUCUCGUCGAUCCGAGGCUUGCUUUUGCUGUGGAAGAACCACCUCGCACUAUAUCGCAAGUGCGACAACGAUUUGAUGGUAGUUCCACUGCUUUGCAAGUACUGCAUGGCAAAAAUUUACAUGGACAUGUGGCCGUAAUUACUGGCGCUAAUUCUGGUAUAGGAUACGAAACAGCUCGAUCUUUAGCAUUUCAUGGCUGUGAAGUGAUAUUUGCUUGUCGUAAUAAAUACUCAACUGAUCAGGCAAUUGAACGAAUUGCCAAGGAAAGGCCGGCAACACGGAAUCGCUUGCGUUUUGCUCAAUUGGAUUUGGCCUCCUUCAAAUCUGUUUACCUUUUUGUAGAGGACAUUAAAAGCAAAGUGAAACACCUUGAUUAUUUAAUACUCAAUGCUGGUGUAUUUGCUUUGCCUUACACUCUAACGGAAGAUAAUAUAGAAACUACAUUUCAAGUUUCGCAUUUAUCUCACUUUUAUAUCACAUUAGAAUUGGAACCAUUAUUUGACCAUAAGACACGCGUUGUGGUAUUGUCUUCAGAAUCCCAUAGGUUUGCCAGUUUACCAACUGAUAAUCUGACUGUUCAGCAUUUAUCGCCACCUCCAAAGAAAUAUUGGAGCAUGAUGGCCUAUAAUAAUGUCAAGCUCUGCAAUGUCUUAUUUACAUUGGAGUUGGCAAAGAGAUGGAAGCAUCGUGGCAUUUGUGUCUUCUCUGUACAUCCCGGUAAUAUGGUUUCAACGCAACUGCAACGCAACUGGUGGUUUUAUCGUUUGCUGUUUGCCAUCGUACGGCCUUUCACUAAAUCUUUGCAACAAGCGGCUGCAACGACUAUUUACUGUGCCACUGCCAAUGAGCUGACCGGCCUUACGGGUUUGUACUUUAAUAAUUGUUAUAUAUGCGAAUCGAGUAAGAUAUCUCAGAAUGAGAAACUACAGCAGCAAUUAUGGGAAAUCAGCCAAGAAAUGGUGCAAUUGUUACUGGCAAAAGAGAAGCAGCAGCAAGCAGCCGAUGAUAACGAAAUAAAUACAACUACAAAUUUUGUUUAUUAAAUUGUUAUUAAUAUAUAUAUAUAUAUAUAUACAUAUAUUAUGCUGUUUAUUU